AUGCGCAUAGAAGAACUUGUCCUCGAAGGAUUUAAAUCGUAUCCUGUCCGCACACAAAUCACCGGGUGGGAUUCAUCCUUCAACGCAAUCACUGGUCUCAACGGUUCGGGCAAAUCCAACAUUCUCGACGCGAUAUGCUUCGUGCUAGGUAUCACAAAUAUGUCUUCGAUGCGAGCCCAGAACCAACAAGACCUCAUCUACAAACGCGGACAAGCAGGAAUCACCAAAGCUAGCGUCACCAUCGUGUUCGACAACUCGGAUCGCGCAACCAGCCCAGUUGGACUGGAGAAUUGUAAGCAGAUCACUGUUACUCGCCAGAUUGCGCUUCCUAAUGUCUCAAAGUACCUUUUAAACGGGCACAAGUCGCAGCAACAUACGAUACAGACGUUGUUUCAGAGCGUACAACUGAACAUCAACAACCCCAACUUCCUGAUCAUGCAAGGGCGGAUCACAAAGGUUCUUAACAUGCGCCCUCAAGAGAUUCUUGGAAUGGUGGAAGAGGCUGCAGGGACGCGUAUGUUUGAGGAGCGCAAAGACAAGGCGAAGAAGACGAUGGGCAAGAAGGAGAAGCGUGUGCAGGAGAUCACUUCCCUUCUCGAGGAAGAGAUUACCCCAAAACUUGACACCCUGCGCGAGGAGAAGCGGUCGUUCCUCCAAUACCAGAAGGCAUGUUCCGAGUUGGAACGCAUUGGCCGUGUGCUGCGGGCGUGGGAGUGGACAGAGGGACGGGAACGAGUGGCGAAAAAGGAGGCGGAAAUUGCGGCGACGGAGAAGGCGAUGACUGAUUUGCGGAAGGGCAAGAAGAAAUGCGGCAAAGAGAUCGAGGCGGCUGAAAGGCGGGCAGAGGAGGUCCAGGCUCAGCGAGAGAAAGAGCUGCGAAAGGGUGGCAAAUUCAAGAAGCUGGAGGAUGAAGUCGGGGAGCUGGAGAAGGUGCUCGUGAAGAUCCGCACGCAGGUGGAGAUCAAGACGGGUACCAUCUCAGACGAGGAUGGAAAGGCUGACGGGAAGGAGAACGAGCUUAAGGAGCUGCAAGAAACAUUGGAGCAGAAGCGCGCUCAAGUCGAUGAACUCACAACUUCUCACGGCGCUGUGAAAGACAAACACACGGCGCUGCAAACGGCACUCACGAAUGCUGAAGAACUUCUCCAGACACUUUUGACAGGUCUUUCAUCAAGUGGUGCCAGUCAUACCGGUGGAGGUUACAUGGGUCGACUUGCGGAUGCCAAGGUUCGACUGCAGCAAGCUAGUACAGAAGAAGAGCAAAGCCGUGUAAAGCUCGCAAUGAACCAGAAAGAGCUCAAAGCGCUCCAGGUUAGGUGGAAGGAGGUUGAGCGGGAGGCUGGCGACAGUCAGAAGAAGCUACAAAACAUGAAAGCAGAGAUAGAAACCUUUCAAAGAAAAGUUGCAGAGACCGGCUGGAAUGUGGAGAAGGAACGCGAUGGCGAGAAUGCGCUCCGCACCGGGAAAGCAGAAGUUAGGCAUCUGACCGAGGAGCGUGACGCGAUCAAACAACGACUGUCCUUCCUCAACUUCGACUACUCCUUGCCUCACGCCAAUUUUAAUCGGUCCAAUGUGAAGGGACUCGUGGCUUCCUUGGUUUCCCUCCCAGCCGCGGAUUACAACAAAUCAACCGCCUUGGAAAUCACUGCCGGAGGCAAGUUGUACAAUGUCGUAGUGCAGAACGAGCAGGUUGGCAAAGACCUGCUCAGUAACGGCAAGCUUAAGAAGCGGGUGACCAUUAUACCGCUAAAUAAGAUCGAUGCAUUCAAGAUCUCUGCGCAAAAAAUACAAGCUGCUUCACGGCUUGCGCCAGGCAAGGCCCGGCUGGCGCUCUCUUUGGUCGUGUACCCGGAAGAGGUGGCCAAUGCAAUGGCCUACGUCUUUGGCAAUACACUCAUCUGCGACGACCCUGAGUCCGCGAAACUUGUGACCUUUUCACCGCAAGUAGGCGUGAAGUCUGUUACGCUUGACGGGGACGUCUACGAUCCAUCUGGCACACUGAGCGGUGGCUCUGCACCCAGUGGUAAUGGGGUGCUUAUUCGAGUUCAAGAACUGCUAGACUCCGAAAGGAAACUGUGCGAAGCCCAGGGUCGGCUGCAAGAGCUUGAGCAGACUGAGCAGCGAGAUCGGAACGGCCGAGAGAGGUGGAAGAAGAUGGCGAGGGAGUUGGAGAUCAAGGAGCACGAGAUGCAUUUGCUGGAAGAGCAGGUUGGAGGUAGCAACGCCGCAAGGAUUGGCACAGAGGUCGACAAAGUGAAGCAGACCAUCACCGAACUGCAGACUGCUCUCGAGACGGCACAGCAGAAGCAGAAGGAUGCAACUGCUGAGAUUGGGAAGCUUGAGAAGGACAUGGACGAGUUCAAGAACAACAAGGAAGGCAAGAUCGACGAGCUCAAGGCUGGUGUGUCCAAGCAGAAGGCAUCGCUGCAGAAGCAUGCCGUCGUGGUUAAGACCAAACAGAAGGAGCUUCAGACUGCCACUCUCGAAUUAGAACAGCUCGAGAAGGACAUCGAAACCGCAACCGAGACUUUGGCGGAGGCACGCGCUAGUGUCGAGAAGCUGCGGAAGGAGCUCGGUAAACUGAAGGAACAGCUAGUAACGAACGAGGCAGCCUUUGCAAAGGCUGAGCGGAAACUUCAGGAUGAACGGGCGACCCUCACCGGCUUCGACAAUGAGCUCAAGGAACUCGGGCUGGUUAUCAAGGAGAAGAAGCAGGCCAUUUCCGAUGCCGACCUCGAGAUCAAGAAGCUCGAGCACGAUGUCCAGACGCUUGCGAAGGAGAAGUCGCAGGCAAACAAUCUCGUGGCGAAUUUGGAGAAGCAGUACGAUUGGAUAUUGGAUGAGCAAGAGUCGUUCGGUAAGAGGGGCUCUCAAUACGACUUCACGGCGGUGGAUGUGGCCCUGCUGAAGGAGAAGGCUCGGGACCUGGAAGCGCAGCAGAAGGGGAUGAAGAAGAAGGUGAACCCCAAGGUCAUCAACAUGAUUGACACAGUCGAGAAAAAGGAAGCAUCGCUCAAGAAAAUGCUCGGAACCGUGCUCAAGGACAAGGAGAAGAUCGAACAGACGAUCGAGGAGCUGGACCGUUACAAGCGCGAUGCGCUAGAGAAGACGUGGACGAAAGUCAAUGGGGACUUUGGCGGCAUAUUUGCGGAGUUGCUGCCAGGCAAUUUUGCCAAGCUGCAACCACCCGAGGGUCAGGAUCUCACACAAGGUCUCGAGGUCAAAGUCCAGUUGGGCAGUGUCUGGAAGCAGAGCUUGACGGAACUAAGUGGGGGUCAACGAUCACUCAUCGCACUCUCAUUAAUUAUGUCGCUGCUUCAGUUCAAACCAGCGCCGAUGUACAUCCUCGACGAGAUCGACGCCGCCCUGGACCUCUCGCACACGCAGCACAUCGGGCAGCUCCUCCGCACACGGUUCAAGGGCUCGCAGUUCAUCGUCGUCUCACUCAAGGAGGGGCUCUUUACCAACGCGAACGUGCUCUUCCGCACGCGCUUCCGGGAUGGCACGUCCAUUGUCGAGCGCACUGCACAGCGGUCCACGUCCACGCUGUACGCGACGGACAAGGAGAACGACGGCGGCGAGCCGCGCUCGCGGCGCCCGCGUGCGACGAUGUCGAACUCGUAG